CGCGCCGGGCGGGCCCGCGUCUAUAUAAAGGGAGCGCGGGGGCGGCGCGCCAGUUGCUUCUGCGUCCCGGUGUUGCUUCGUCGCGGAGCUUGUGCGGUCGUUUAGCCAAGAUGCCCGAGGAAACCCAGACCCAAGACCAGCCGAUGGAGGAGGAGGAGGUGGAGACGUUCGCCUUCCAGGCGGAGAUCGCCCAGUUGAUGUCCCUGAUCAUCAACACUUUCUACUCGAAUAAAGAGAUCUUCCUGCGCGAGCUGAUCUCCAACUCGUCCGAUGCCCUGGACAAAAUCAGAUACGAGAGCUUGACCGACCCCAGCAAGCUGGAUUCCGGCAAGGAGCUGCACAUUAACCUCAUUCCAAACAAGCAAGACCGAACCCUCACCAUCGUGGAUACUGGGAUCGGCAUGACCAAGGCCGACUUGAUCAACAACCUUGGUACUAUCGCCAAGUCUGGGACCAAGGCGUUCAUGGAGGCUCUGCAGGCUGGCGCAGACAUUUCCAUGAUUGGCCAGUUCGGCGUCGGCUUCUAUUCUGCCUACUUGGUUGCUGAGAAAGUGACGGUGAUCACUAAGCACAACGACGACGAGCAGUACGCCUGGGAGUCGUCGGCAGGAGGGUCCUUCACAGUUCGGACUGAUACAGGUGAACCUAUGGGUCGUGGAACAAAGGUGAUCUUGCAUUUGAAAGAAGACCAAACGGAGUACCUGGAGGAGAGGAGAAUCAAGGAGAUUGUGAAGAAACACUCCCAGUUCAUCGGCUAUCCCAUUACGCUGUUUGUGGAGAAAGAACGGGACAAAGAAGUGAGUGAUGAUGAGGCGGAAGAGAAGGAAGAGAAAGAAGAAGAGAAAGAAAAGGAGGAGAAGGAGUCCGAUGACAAACCUGAAAUCGAGGACGUGGGCUCUGACGAGGAGGAGGAGGAAAAGAAGGACGGGGACAAGAGGAAGAAGAAGAAGAUCAAGGAGAAGUACAUCGACCAAGAAGAACUGAACAAGACAAAGCCUAUUUGGACCAGAAACCCUGACGACAUUACUAACGAGGAGUACGGAGAGUUUUACAAGAGCUUGACCAACGACUGGGAAGAUCACUUGGCAGUGAAGCACUUUUCAGUCGAGGGACAGUUGGAAUUCAGAGCCCUUCUUUUUGUCCCAAGACGUGCGCCCUUUGACCUAUUUGAAAACAGGAAGAAAAAGAACAACAUCAAGCUGUAUGUUCGCAGAGUCUUCAUCAUGGAUAACUGCGAGGAGCUGAUCCCGGAGUACCUGAAUUUCAUUAGAGGUGUGGUGGACUCUGAGGACCUUCCCCUAAAUAUUUCCCGGGAGAUGCUGCAGCAAAGCAAGAUCUUAAAAGUGAUCAGAAAGAACUUGGUCAAGAAGUGCUUAGAGCUCUUCACCGAGCUGGCCGAGGACAAAGAGAACUACAAGAAGUUUUACGAGCAGUUUUCCAAGAACAUCAAGCUGGGAAUCCAUGAGGACUCCCAAAACCGGAAGAAGCUGUCGGAGCUGCUGCGCUACUACACGUCCGCCUCGGGCGACGAGAUGGUGUCGCUGAAGGACUACUGCACCAGGAUGAAGGAGAACCAGAAGCACGUCUACUACAUCACAGGUGAGACCAAGGACCAGGUGGCGAACUCGGCCUUCGUGGAGCGUCUGCGCAAGCACGGGCUGGAGGUGAUCUACAUGAUCGAGCCGAUCGAUGAGUACUGUGUGCAGCAGCUGAAGGAGUUCGAGGGGAAGACUCUAGUGUCGGUCACCAAAGAGGGCUUGGAACUUCCAGAAGACGAAGAGGAGAAAAAGAAACAGGAAGAGAAGAAGACCAAGUUUGAAAACCUGUGCAAGAUCAUGAAAGACAUUUUGGAGAAAAAAGUAGAAAAGGUGGUCGUGUCGAACCGGCUGGUGACGUCCCCGUGCUGCAUCGUCACGAGCACGUACGGCUGGACGGCCAACAUGGAGAGGAUCAUGAAGGCCCAGGCGCUAAGGGACAACUCCACCAUGGGCUACAUGGCCGCGAAGAAGCACCUGGAGAUCAACCCCGACCACUCCAUCAUCGAGACCUUGCGGCAGAAGGCGGAGGCGGACAAGAACGACAAGUCGGUGAAAGACCUGGUCAUCCUGCUCUACGAGACGGCGCUCCUGUCGUCCGGCUUCAGCCUGGAGGACCCGCAGACGCACGCCAACAGGAUCUACAGGAUGAUCAAGCUUGGUCUCGGUAUUGAUGAAGACGACCCCACUGCCGAUGACAGCAGUGCCGCGGUGACCGAGGAGAUGCCGCCCCUGGAAGGCGAUGACGACACGUCGCGCAUGGAAGAGGUUGACUAAGCGCCGCCCCGAGAAUUCCGUGUACAUGUAUUCUGUACCUUACCUUCAUUCCCUCCGAUAAUAUAUUUUCAAGGAUGUUUUUCUUUAUUUUUGUUAACAUUUUAAAAACCUGUAUGGCAUGACAAGAACUACUUACGGGGAAGACACAUAAGCCUGCUUUCUGUGUGAGUGUGGACCUGUGGUGCGUAGGGACUGAAGCCCGGCUAGUUUUCCUUUUACUGCCACGCUCUUCACAACAAGGUAACGUUUGUCGUAAGGUGUACGUGACCUCGUGUGAACUGCAUGGUCUGAGGUGUUAGUGGUCAAGUGGAUUCCUUAGACCAAACUUGUGCGUCCCUGAAGUGUUCUGAGCUGUACCUUGAUGUUUAAAAGAAGAAACUCAGUUAAGACGA